CUCCGUGCCGGUAGGUGGCGGUGGUGCACUGGGAAACAGGCGUCCAUUAGUACAAGAAAAAGUGCUUGUUGCUAGCUUCAGCCUGGCAGCUGUUGCCAUUACAAAUGGAUCAGAAGAUUCCUUAUGAUGACUACCAGCUCCCGGUGGUAUUCCUGCCUUCUUAUGAGAACCCACCAGCAUGGAUAGCUCCACAGGAGCGAGUUCAUCACCCUGACUACAACAAUGAGCUCACCCAGUUCCUGCCUCGUACCAUCGUAUUGAAGAAACCUCCAGGAGCACAGCUGGGCUUCAAUAUCCGUGGAGGCAAGGCGUCACAGUUGGGAAUCUUCAUAUCCAAGGUGGUCCCAGACUCAGAUGCCCACAGAGCAGGGCUGCAAGAGGGAGACCAGGUUCUGUCUGUGAAUGAGGUUGAUUUCCAGGACAUAGAGCACUCAAGAGCUGUAGAGAUUCUGAAGACGGCACGAGAAAUAUUGAUGAGGGUUCGCUUCUUUCCUUACAAUUACCAAAGACAGAAGGAGAGGACCGUACACUAGGUGGCAGCAGAGAGAGAAAGAGUUGGACAGCCGCGUCACUGCACGUCAUUACCCUCCUCCUACAGACUCUGGCCUCCAUUCUGUCUCAGCUUCAAGAUGACUGAUGCAUGACUAACAGCCUGAUUCAAAGUCCUCCAUGUAAGGGCAACAUAUACUCUGUUAUAUACUCAUCUCACCCAGAUAUCUGAGCGCUCCCUGGUCUACUGUGAUACAUGAUUUCUACUCCAUCAGGAUGUGUUCACAGGAAGUGAAGGCAGUCAUAGUACAAACAGGAGCUUAAUAUAGACAUUUCACGUUACAAAUUAUGGAACUGUUGCAUAUUUUUCCAGUCAAGCUUUAACAUUUACAGACCCAACGUAAUCGUUUUAUCUUCGCUUUCCCUCAUGCCCUAUAAUUGGAUGUUUCUACUAGACAUAUCGAGUACAGAGUAGCACUUGUGUCUACUGUACACAUUUGCCUUGAUGAUACUGCUAUAAAGUUAAGACACAUACGCUGAGUUCUUAGUCAAUUAGGUACGCCAAGCUAAAACUAAUGCAAUAAGUCAGCCGACAGUAAAUCCUACAAUCAUGAAAAGGUAUAAUGUUUGAUAGAAUCAUUUAAACUCAAGGUGUUUUCCUAAAACUUUCAGCAACA